AUGGCAAAUUCUAAUACUCACAUCCCACUCCUAAUAUUUUCCAUUCUUGUUCUUCUCACCCAUUCAAACCAUGCAACAACAGCAACAACAAUCGAAGCCAGUACGUCCACUACUAAGGCUGCCGUUGUGUCGAAAGCCCAGGUAGCAUGCACCAUGUGCGACGCGUGUGAAAACCCAUGUGAGCCCAUGCCAACACCACCUCCACCAGUAGUUGAAUGCCCGCCGCCACCAGCUCCUCCGCCGCCUUCUCCGCCGCUCCCGGAAGGCCCAGAAUGCCCCCCUCCUCCAAUGCCUAAACCUCCUUGCCAAGAGAAUAUUUGCGGCGGCGGUGGAGGCGGUUAUGCGCCGCCCAGCGAAGGUGGCAAUAAUAGUCCACAAUACCCUACUCCUAUUUUCCCACGGCCGCCGUAUAUGCCCGUUGGUGAUGCUCCGCCGGCUUCCUACUAUCCCAACUACUAUAUGCCUCCACCUUCAAGCUCUCUCAGAGUUACCGCAAGUACUGGAGUUCUCAACACCAUUCUCUUCUUCGGUUUUCUUUGCUUAAUUAUGUAG